AUUAGAAAAUCCAAGCAUUGAUUGUUUUCUUUUUGGCGAAAAAGGCGUUAAAAUUCUUUAGGAUGUAAAGUAUUAAAGUGAAUAUAAUUAGAAACAGUGUUUCAAAAAAUAACAUACAUCUCAAUAUAUACAAAACAUUAUCUGGAUAAAUAUAAAAUAAAAUGAUGUCUCUUUUUGGCUAUAACUUUUUCUAGAAUAUAUGUUGCUAUGAAAUUUGAAAAUAUUAUGUUCUUUUCCAAAAAUAUUUAUUCUGGUCACAGGAUGGAUGGAAAUGAGCUUAUUAUGUCGACUAAAAAAUUCGUAUUAUCUAGCAGAAUUAGAAAAACCUACUAUUUUUGUAUUGGAAAAUGAAAACCAAGCAUUUAUUGUUUUCUUUUUGGCAAAAAGGCGUUGAAAUCCUUUAUGAUUUACGGUUUUGAAAUGAACAUAAUUAGAAACAAAAAUCUUGUUCAAACACACAAAAAAAAACAGAAACAAACAUCUCAAUAUAUACAAAGCAUUAUCUGGAUAAUUAUAAAAUAAAAUGAUGUCUCUUUUUGGCUAUAAUUUUUCUAGAAUUUUAUUCGCUAUGAAAUUUGAAAAUGUUAUGCUCUUUUCCGAAAAUAUUUAUUCUGGUCAGAGCAUAGAUGAAAAUGAGCUUAUUUAUCCAGAGCGGACCAAAAAUUAAAAGAGCAUAAUUGUAAACAUAUAACAAAAUAAAGAUAGAAACGAGCUAAAUCCAUAAUACGUGAAAUGAUAUCAUAAACUUUAGUUUUGUUCCAAUGUUAAUACUGUUCAAAAUUAAGGUGGUGUAAUCACUAAUUCUACCAUUUGAUUCAUGUCUAAAAGAGGAAGAAUCUGUUUAAACAAAUAUUAAAGUGCUGUUUUAGCUCAAGGCUUUCUCCGACAAUUCAACGCUCAUCAGAGUAAUCUCCAGCAACCUCCAGUCUAAAGAAGUCAUCGGUUUUGUCUCCAACAUCCGUUCGAUCUCCUCUGGAUUUGCAUCAAUCGGUUUCUCUCAUCUCCCCCGAUCAAAGAACUCGAUUGUUGAUACCUUAGCCAAAAAGGCUCUUCAUAUUUUAUCUUCUGUAUAAUGAACUUCUGAGUUUGGACCAUGUUUUGGGUCUAUUCUUUCUUUUUAUUAUUAAUGAAAUUUCUGUGACAAAAAAAAAAUUGCUGUUUCAGUUCGUCCUCUUAUACAAGAUUGAAUGGACGGACAAGCCAGGCUGGUCCUUGGGCUUGGAGUGCUGAACCUAAUAAACACCUCUCAUACUCUAUCCAUUAUACACGUAACUGAAUCUUAUACGAGAAGCUACGAAUGGAUGCAAAUUAAGCGUUUCUUUUCUUCUGCAUGGCUUUUGUAUAAUAACCAAAAAAACGACCAGAGUCUGUGUGUAUAUUUUGAUCAAAGUUUUUUACUCUUCUUUUCUCUCUUCUAGUUAACACUUUUCUGACGCCAAUAUUAGAGUACACUAUACAAUGACAUUCUUCACAAACACCAGAGGCAAAUAAAAAUAAAACAAGGCAAAAAUCUCGUACCCGGUCUUUUUCUAAUUGGGUAAGAGUAAGACAUUGUCAGCAAAAUUUGUACUUCUUCUUCUUCUUCUAGAAGAGAUUGAGAGCCAUUUGUUGAAGAAGUUGUUUCUUUUGAGCUGCGUUUAUCACUCCUCUGCAUUCUGCAUCCAGUAACACCUCGUUCAUUAUGGCCGCCGCAUGGCCUCUAGGUUCAUCUGAUGCUCUUCUUAACAUAAACACCUGCAACACAAAAUCCACCCUUUACAUCAACAUCAUCAUUCAUUACAUGAUACGCUUUUGUAGCCUUGAGAUUUAGUCAUAUGAUAGACGAGAGUGUGUGAGAAUAUGAUGUACCUGCCCGUGGUGAGUUAUCUCCAAGCUACCAGGUUGCUGAAUAAACGGUUCUCCAUCUAUUUGAACAGGGAAAGGACUAGCAGAGGUGUGCCUACAGUGUAUUGAAAAAGGCAUUCGCCUCAGGCCCCCGAUUAAUAUAACUGUUUUUAGGGUCCCAAAAUUUAAAAUAAUUUUUAGUCUAGUGGUUUAGACUUAUUUAAGAAAAAAACAUUUCUACGAAAAUUAAUUAACUCAUUUUCUGAAUUCAUGUAUUUUUUUUCUAUAUGACAUAAUAUAACAUAUUUACGUUAUAAACUUAUUCUUUUACAGUAUUAGACUUGUGUAUUUGGUGAAAAUAAUAUAUCAUAUUAGAAAAUUGUUUUCAUCACGGUUGUAAAUAAGUUUAUUUUUAAAACUUGUCUUAGGCCCCUAAAACUCUUCGCACGGCACUGAGGACUAGACACAUGUAUUCUUACUACGUUCCCCUGUGCUAACCUCCUAGCCUGCGAAAGACCGACCUGAAAGAGAGUUUCUCCCGUUUUACAAAUUUUAGUUUUUUUAAUCAUUUAAUAUAUAAAUCUUUUAGCCUCCCACUGAAUGAGGAAUACUGCUAAAAGUUCAUGCAGGUCGUAGACCUGUAGUUUCCCAAGGUGCCACGCGCCACGGACACAUACGACCUCCAGAGUCUUGUCGUGCAUAGACUGAAUGCUAAAAUUAUCAUCAUCGUGUUCAUAAUCAUUUUGCCAAAGAUCUACUCCGCCCAUGUAGCUUCCAAUGUUAAGUACUAUAAGACCCUCUGAAUCCUGAAAGGAAAAUAAAUUAGAGACAUCAGUUCCUAGAGGUAACAGCAACAAUGGCAACGAUGUUAACCUUUUGGUAAAAUCCACUUCAGUCUCAAUUACCAGAAAAUCAAACGAUGUUGUUCGCUAUGGGUUUUUUUUACAAAGCAAUUCUACGCUGCCCCAUGCUCAAAUUAUACAUGAUAUAUGUUUAAGGAGUGCCCUAGAUUUUGUCAAACUAAAACAAAUUUUAUUUUUGACCAUCCAAUCCCAAGUCAAUAAGCGGAUUGUUUUAUGAAUUUUCUUAUUAAAAUAAACUUAAUAAUUGAUAAUCAAAUAGGAAUAUAAUAAUGUUGGGUUAUUAAACCUUUUUCCAGCCGAAAAAAAGAAAAAAUCAAUUAAUAUUAAGGCCCAAUAGGCCAGGUUUCUUUGUAAAUCUGCUUUUUAUCUACGCCCAAGGCAGUGAUAAAAGGAAACCAAUCUGCGUUAACAAAUCUAUUUUUGACCAUCAAAUUCAAGUUGAUAGUUAGAUCAUGAUUAUUAGAGGCUUUUAGGAAUUUUUGCAAACUAAAAUAGAUUCUUAGCUUUUUUAAUUAAAAGUUAAGAUACGGAUUUUCAUAUUCCGCUAAAAACCCCACCCUAAAAAUUUCACCCUAAUAACCCUUCGAUAAUCAUGCUCUUAAUCACUUGCGUAUUUUUAAUACUGAAAUAAAAUUAAUUAACCUUUAUCCAUCCGAAAAAAAAGGAAAAAUCAACUAAGACUAAGGCCCAAUGGGCUUAGUUUACUUUUUCAAAAAGGAAUAUAGCGAAGCCGUGUGAAACCCUAGAUUUCCUAUAAAAUCAGAAGUCUUUGGUAAACCUUGACCUCUGUUUCCAUAAUCGAUCAUCUGCCCUCUUGGUGAUUCGUUCUUUCCUAUCUUCCUCAACUUCAAGAAAAGCAAACAUGGAGCACGAUCCAGAGCGAGAGUACUCUUUUCUCACUAGGGAUGAUCUCAAGGUGAAGAUGAACAAACAGAUCGAUGAUCUCUCCGAUAUCUUCCUGCUCUCAAAACCCGCUGCGACCGUACUCCUCAUGAACCUCCACUGGGACUCGCAACAAGUUUCCGAGCGUCUGAGCGAAGACAAGGAGAAACUCUUGAUGCGAUCGGGUUUGAUGAGUUCGAACUAUGGUGAUAGCUUCUUCUCCGUGGAGAAAAACCUAGCUAUGCUGACGUUGGAGGCUAAAGACAUGCACAGCGAGUACGUUCUCAGAUCUUUCCUCGAGGAAAACAAGGGUUUGACGAUCGAACAGUGUCCUGCACCGGGUUGCGGUUACUUCAUCGAGUUUCAACGAGACAUUGGUUUUGAAGAGUAUGGUUUAAACGUUGUGUGUCUAUGUGGUCAUACCUUUUGCGGGAGGUGCAGACUUGAGACGCACGGGCCUGUGACGUGCAACAACGCUUCUGAUUGGUUGAGAGACUUGGGGAAGUUAUCGGAGUCGCUGAGUGUUUCUUGGAUCGAAAGUAACACGAAGCCUUGCCCUCAUUGCCAGUUUCCUUUGGAGGUUGGUUCUCGUUCAAGGCUGUUCCGGUUUGUGGAAUGUCUCUACUGCAGUGGUCGUUUCUGUAGCGAGUGUAUGCAGACAGUGGAGUCCCACAACACGGCAGACGGAUACUAUGGAGCCUGUGUUGCACCGUUGCCACCACAACUCAUGAACGGACCAGAAGCUGUUGUCGUUACGUGUGUGGAUCGAUGGGAGGCGAGUGAUGUCGCAAUGGUGGAAGCCAAGUCGGAGCUAGAAUCUUUCGAUGAAUCCCACUUCACGAGCCAAGAGUACAUACGGAACAUGAGAGAAGGCUUGAUGCUGAUUGUGCAAUGCAGACAGUUUCUUAAAUGGAGCUGCGUGUACGACCACGUCCACACCGAGUACCAAGCCUCUAAGAGGGAGUACUUGCGGUUCUUGCAAGAUUUUGCGAGCACGCUCGUGCAGAGUUACUCGGAGACUCUGAAGGAAGAGACCGUGAAGGACUUUUCUGCGACUACUCAUGAAGAGACUAUUUACCCCAAGUGGAAGUUAGCCAACGCGACGAGUAGUAUUGGCAACUUCUUUUUUCACUUCAGUAAGACUUUGCAAGAUGGGAUAGAUGACGUGAAGGUGAAGUCUUAUGACAACUUUGCUGGUCCUUACUGGCUUUGUGAUCGUUGUACCUCUGGGAAUACGUGGCUUGAUAUGAGGUGUAAGAUGUGCUGUGGUAGUGCAACUCCUGUGGAGAAGAAGCUGAGAGAUUUGUCUCUUAACUAGGUUUCUUUAAAAGGAAAAUAAAAUGAUUUAGGAGGCAUGGUUUUUUUUGCUUUUUUUUUAAUCUCUUUUACCAUGUUUUGAAACUUUACAUCACCUUAUGUUUAAUAAAUAAUUGUUUUCCAUCAAUGCAAGAAUAGAAACAGAGCAAACUGUAUUGCACUGUCUGCAUAACCAACCAAAUAGUAAUUUCUUAUGUA